AUGGAUGGCGCUACAAAAUUCAAGAGGGUUUGUGUCUUCUGUGGAAGCAACCCAGGCUACAAGAAAAUCUUCAGUGAUGCUGCUGUUGAAUUGGGCAAUGAAAUGGUGAACAGGAAGAUGGACUUGGUUUAUGGGGGUGGGAGUGUUGGUUUAAUGGGGCAUAUUUCCCAGAGAGUCCAUGAUGGGGGUUGUCAUGUUCUUGGUGUCAUUCCGAAGGCUCUUGUUCCUAUUGAGAUAUCCGGUGAAGCUGUUGGUGACGUAAGAAUUGUCUCUGACAUGCAUGAGCGUAAAGCUGAAAUGGCUUUGGAGGCAGAGGCUUUUAUUGCUCUUCCUGGAGGAUAUGGAACUAUGGAAGAGCUAUUGGAAAUGAUAACAUGGGUACAACUUGGAAUUCACAAAAAACCAGUUGGCUUGCUAAAUGUUGAUGGAUACUAUGACUCUCUGCUCAUAUUAUUUGACAAAGGUGUUGAAGAAGGUUUCAUUAAGCCAGGUGCUCGGCAUAUAGUUCUUUCGGCUCCAACUGCCAAAGAGCUUUUAACAAAAAUGGAGCAAUACACUCCAUACAUGGACCAUGUAGCCCCUCAUGAAAGCUGGACGAUGGAGCAACUGGGUGAUUACCCAACCGAAAUCAAGACAUGA